AUGCCUGCACAAAAUGACCUGGAGCGCGAUAUCUUCGGUUCUGACUCUGAACUCUCUGACUUCGACGACGACAUUCCCCAGGAGCAGCCAAAAGGGAGGGAAUCUCCAGUUGCUCGUGAAGAGGACGAGUCCUCGGGAGACUCAGCCGACGAGUAUGUGCAAGAGAAACUUGCCCCAGUGGUGAAGAAGCGGAGGGGACGACGGGCUCGCGAGGAAGGGGAGCGGAAGGCUCCUACACGGAAGAGGAAGAGAAGGUCGCAGCCAGAAGAGAUUGACCUCAGUCAGCUGCCUCCUGAGCAAGCUUCCAAGUUGAAGCUCGACAUGCAGAUCGAAGCCAUUUUGAAGACCAAGAGAGUCAAGAGCAAGAGAAAGAAGAAGGAUGAUGAGGACGUCCUCGAUCGUUACGCCGACGAAGAAGUCUCUCGUUUGCGGGAGGCCAUGCUCGCUGCGGCUGCGGACGAUGAGCAGGCCAAUAAAGAGAAGCUUCCUGCUACGUCUAAGCUGAGGCUGUUGCCGCAGGUUGUGGAGGUGCUACGAAAGACAUCACUUGCGCAGUCAAUCAUCGACAACAACUUGCUCGAGGGUGUCCGAAAAUGGCUUGAACCACUGCCAGAUAAAUCACUCCCCGCCCUUGAUAUCCAGAAAGACUUCUUCCCUAUCCUAAAAAAGAUGGAAUUUAUUGAUACGAACGUGCUUAAGGAGUCGCGACUGGGCAGGGUCGUAAUCUUCUACACAAAGUGCAAGCGCGUAACUCCAGAUAUUGCCCGCCUCGCAAACGACCUCGUCUCCACAUGGUCUCGACCUAUCAUCAAACGUAGUGCCUCCUACCGCGACCGUGUCAUCCCCACCGCCCAAACUGGAGAAGGCGAGGGUGCCCGUGCAGGAGAGCGUCUUAACGCGAUCCUGGCGCGUGCCAAGGAGAGUGAAAAGAACCGCGUCCGGAAGAAUGCAGUCAUGAUCCCGCAGAGGGAGCUGGGCAGCUACACCGUCGCGCCAAGGUCCAACGCGGGUAUCUCCAAGAGCAACUUCAGCGUAGAUGUGGAUAUCGAAAGGAGGAAGAAGAAUGCGGAGAGGUUGAGGACUCUUACGAGGAAGAUCACCACGAAGACUUGA